AGCGACUCAGAUUUUGCCCAAAACUUGGCGAUACCACUCUUGAGAGAAACACGCGCACACACUCAAUAUUACUUACUUUUACUAUUUAAUUACCAUUAUAGUGGGGGGAGAGAUAGAUAGGAAAGUGGAAAACAAAGACAAACAAGAAUCAAAACAAAUAGAAACAGAGAGGUCUCUUGCAUCCUUCCCCUUCCCCUUCCCCUUCCGCUUCCCCUCCACCUCCCUCAACCGCCACCUCGCAUCUCCUUCUCCUUCCUUCCUUUUAGAUUGAUUCUUGAUCAUUUAUAGCAUCUCUCUCUUGUCUAAUCUGCACUAGUAAUAAUAGAUAGGAGGAGAGAAGGAGGGGGUGAGGUAUGACGGGGUCAGGUUCAUUGUCAUCUCCGCUCUGCACGUGGAUUGUCGCGGCGUGCAUGUCGGUCACGUGCGCUAAGGAAAGCAAGCACGCUCUGUCUCCACCAUCCUCGACUACUGGUAAUAGAAGUCGCAGGCGGAAGGCUGCUGCUGCUGCUGCUGCUGCUUUGAAAUGCAAUAGCAAUAACAAGUACAACAACUACGGCAGCGGUAUGGGUGGAGGAGGACCGAGCCUGCAAGGAUUAGUGAGCUCUUGCUUGGCCUUUGAACCUUGUAGUCAUUACUACGCUUCUCAUGGACUCCUGAGAUCCAAUCGCAAGCUAAGACAACUCCAUCCUCCCGCUCUUUCCGGGCAAGCCAUGGCUGUAGCUGUGCAACCUACAAAGGAAGUUGAGACAAAAAAGAAACCACAUACAAAGCAAAAGCGAGUAGUUGUGACAGGGUUGGGUGUGGUGUCACCUCUUGGUCAUGAACCAGAUGUCUUCUACAACAAUCUUCUUGAAGGUGUCAGUGGCGUAUCUCAGAUAGAGGCUUUUGACUGUGCUCAAUUUUCCACGAGAAUUGCUGGAGAAAUCAAGUCUAUCUCGACUGAUGGAUGGGUUUCACCAAAACUGGCCAAGAGAAUGGAUAAAUUCAUGCUUUAUAUGCUUAUUGCUGGUAAAAAAGCUUUGGCAGAUGGUGGGAUUACUGAGGAUGUGAUGGAUGAGUUAAAUAAAGCUAAGUGUGGAGUUUUGAUUGGCUCAGCAAUGGGUGGGAUGAAGGUUUUCAAUGAUGCAAUUGAAGCUUUAAGGAUCUCAUACAAGAAGGUGAAUCCUUUUUGUGUUCCUUUUGCAACUACAAAUAUGGGUUCUGCCAUGCUUGCAAUGGAUCUGGGAUGGAUGGGGCCAAAUUAUUCAAUUUCCACUGCUUGUGCUACCGGCAACUUUUGUAUUUUGAAUGCAGCGAACCACAUCAUUAGAGGCGAAGCUGAUGUUAUGCUUUGUGGUGGCUCAGAUUCAGCAAUUAUUCCCAUUGGAUUGGGGGGUUUUGUGGCAUGCAGAGCACUUUCGCAGAGGAAUGAUGAUCCGACAAAAGCUUCACGACCUUGGGAUAUGAAUCGGGAUGGAUUUGUCAUGGGGGAAGGAGCUGGUGUUCUGCUUCUAGAAGAAUUAGAACAUGCUAAGAAAAGAGGUGCCAAUAUCUAUGCAGAGUUUCUUGGAGGGAGCUUUACUUGUGAUGCUUAUCACAUGACUGAGCCACGUCCUGAUGGGGCUGGUGUCAUUCUCUGCAUAGAAAAGGCAUUAGCACAGUCUGGGGUAUCUAAAGAGGAUGUGAAUUACAUAAAUGCACAUGCUACAUCCACACCAGCAGGAGACCUCAAAGAGUAUCAUGCUCUCAUGCAUUGUUUUGGCCGAAACUCUGGUUUGAGGGUGAACUCAACGAAAUCUAUGAUUGGUCACUUACUGGGAGCAUCUGGUGCUGUGGAAGCCAUUGCUGCAGUACAGGCAAUACGGACAGGAUGGGUUCAUCCAAAUAUCAAUCUAGAAAAUCCAGAGCAAGGCAUGGACACGAGUGUAUUAGUGGGCCCAAAGAAAGAGAGACUAGACAUCAAGGCUGCACUGUCUAAUUCGUUUGGGUUUGGUGGCCACAACUCGUCGAUCAUUUUUGCCCCAUUCAAGUGAAAUAGAGCUUCUCCAAGCAACUUAAUUUUCAGUGGGGGGAAAACUAAAAGCAGAUGCGGAAGGUCUGGCAGGAGAUGUAUCCUAUAUAGCAUGCUAAGUUGCGAAAUGUUCAGCAAGUGACUAUUAAUGACAUAGCUACUUCUUGCAGAGUGUACUGGAAUCCUCACUGUAUCCUGUUUUCUGCUGAGCUUGCUGAAGCUCAAUUGACCUUUGAAAUGUAACUAGUUGGACAUCUGAUAUCUCGAGGAUAGAUUUGAUUAGAUGGCUAUUUUCCCGGGAAGGGAGAAUAAUCAGAUUUCACCAGGUGGCGACUGGAAAUACUCUUUUUUUUUUUUUUUUUUUUCUUUUUUUUUGUUUCUGUUGUUUUUAUAAUCCUCUCUCAUAAAUAGCCACAGUGGGCCUUGAUCUACUUGUGAGCCAUCAAUCAACGAUCGGAAGUGGCCUUGUUUACUUUUUGUUCCGUGUACCAAAAAGAUAGCUGUAAGGGUAUUGCAUUAGUUGUCAGUUGUAAUGAAUUUUUGAGCUAACAGUUUGCUACUUUACCGUAGCAUAGCGGUGGUUUAUGUGCAUGCUUCUGUUUUGUUUCUCUC